AUGUCAAACUUUAUCUCGAGUCUAUUUGCUCUGAGCUAUCAAUCGUUGAGUAAUAAUAGUCAAUCUUCCAGUCAGUCAAUACCAGGAUCUUUCCAAGAAGAGCCGGAAGCAAAUGAACGUAAUCAUUUCAAUUCACAAUCGAUCAAUGGAUAUCUUGGUAAAGCAUUUGAUAUAGUGGAAAUGAUCAUAUUCAAACCCAUAAUCUUCAUUAUUUACUUAUUUGUGAGAAUAACUGCUAAGUUAGUUAAUACAAUCUAUUUCCGUGAUCAUUUCAAGAGAGCUAUAGCAAAUAACUCCUCCAAUGAUCCUAUCGAUAAAGCAAAUAGAUUCAUUAGGGUUUUAGAAGAUGAUUUACCAUCCAAUGCAACGCUACCCGACUUUUACCUUGGCUCCUAUACUCAAGCAUUAUACAUGGCAACGCAUAAAGCAAAGUUCUUGUUCGUUUAUUUGAGUAAUCCCGAGAAUGAAAGUUCAACUAGCAUUUUCAAUAAAAUUAUAAUAAGUCCAAAGUUUAAUAGCAUUUUGAAAGAUCCAAAUGUCAUAAUAUGGGGAGGUGACUUGACAAAUCCUGAGAGUUAUCAAUUAGCGAAUAGUUUGAAUGUUACUAAAUUUCCGUUCUUGGGAUUAUUAGCCUUAACCAGAUCAACUACAAUGUCUCCAGAUGGGCCUGUCAAGACGUCUCCCAAAAUAUCCUUGUUGGUGAAAAUCCAAGGAGGUAUCAAAGAUGAUGUUGAUAGUGAUGCCUUGAUCGAAAAUAAGUUCGUUAAGAAAAUGAGUAAAUAUGGACCUGAAUUACAAUUGAUUAGAAAUGAAUUGUGGGAAAGUUUCUUCAAUCAAGUAAUGCUCAAACAACAAGAUUUGAAUUAUCAAAAAUCUUUAGAACAAGAUAGGUUGAAGAAAAAGCAAAAAGAGGCAGAAAAGUUGAUGAAAGAGUACUUGAUAUAUAAAUUAGAUUAUUUCAAGAAUUUGAAUCCCGAAAAUAUCGAAGAUAAGGCUAGGAUAGGUAUCAAACUUCCUAACGGAGAGAGAAUCACUCAGUUAUUCCCGGCCUCCAGUCCUGUAGAUGAUAUCUUCACUUAUGUUCAAUUGUAUACUAAUGGAUAUUUCGACAAGACUUUCGAGAAUAUCAGUAAUGCAGAGAGGUUUGAAGGUUUUGAACCAUUUUUCAAAUUUAAAUUAAUGUCACCAUUACCACCAAAAGUAACGUUAAAUGAUCAUUUACCGAAUCACACCAUAAUUAAAGAUUUGAAUUUCAUUUAUCCUAAUGGAUUAUUGAUUAUUGAGAAUAUUGAAGAUUCAUCAGCAUGA